AUGGUUAAUUCAACUUUGGAGGCUAUGGCUCUUAAACGAAUCCAGAAGGAGUUACUUGCUUUCUCUCAAGAUCCCCCGGCUCAGUGUUCUGCAGGGCCAGUGGCGGAAAAUAUGUUUCAUUGGCAAGCGACUAUAAUGGGGCCCGAAGACAGCCCCUACCAGGGAGGGGUUUUUUUCCUGUCCAUCCACUUUCCGACCAACUAUCCCUUCAGGCCUCCCAAGGUUUCGUUCAUGACCCGAAUUUACCAUCCAAACAUUAGCAAAAAUGGAAGCAUCUGUUUAGAUAUCUUGAAUUCUGAGUGGUCACCUGCACUUACGAUUUCCAAAGUUCUUCUUUCCAUCUGCUCUCUUUUAUGCAAUCCAAACCCAGAGGACCCUCUGGUUCCUGAAAUUGCGAAGGUCUACCGAAAGGAUUUAAGGCAAUAUUGUAGAUUGGCGCGAGAGUGGACCGAAAGAUAUGCAAUGUAA